GCACGAACAAGAAUAAAUGAGAGAUGACGAAGAAGAGCAGAAACCAACAACAACUGCCGAAGGGGAAAAAAGAAAAAGCAAAAGAAUCAUCCAAUUGGGCAACCUGACUAUCACUUUUCCCAAGAUUCCAUUUUGCACGAAUCCCAUUUCUCUUCUUCUUUCUGUCUGUUUCUCUUUUUCACUAUAAAAAUUGCUUUUUCAUUUGAUAUUUCACCCUCCUCGAUCAUCUCUCACUUUCUUCCUUUCGGAAAUGGUGGCCGAUAGCAAGGCUAAAUCCGAUAUUUCCUUCGCAGGAACUUUCGCUAGUAGCGCUUUCGCUGCUUGUUUCGCUGAGAUAUGCACAAUUCCCCUGGACACUGCAAAAGUUAGACUCCAGCUCCAAAAGAAAGCUGUUGCUGGGGAUGGAUUGGCCCUACCUAAAUAUAGGGGUAUGUUGGGAACAGUUGCUACCAUUGCUAGGGAAGAAGGUUUAUCAGCACUCUGGAAAGGCAUUAUACCAGGGCUUCACCGCCAAUGUCUGUUUGGAGGCUUAAGGAUUGGGUUAUAUGAGCCUGUUAAGACCUUUUAUGUCGGCAAAGACCAUGUUGGAGAUGUUCCUUUGACCAAGAAAAUUCUUGCUGCACUUACUACUGGUGCUCUGGGAAUUGCUGUGGCAAAUCCAACUGAUCUUGUAAAAGUCAGGCUUCAGGCUGAAGGAAAAUUACCACCUGGUGUGCCAAGGCGCUAUUCUGGAGCUUUAAAUGCUUAUUCUACAAUUGUGAGACAGGAGGGAGUUGGUGCACUUUGGACUGGGAUUGGACCCAAUAUAGCACGUAAUGCUAUCAUAAAUGCUGCUGAACUUGCCAGCUAUGAUCAAGUAAAACAGACAAUUCUGAAGAUUCCUGGAUUUACAGAUAAUGUUGUCACUCAUCUUCUUUCUGGGCUUGGGGCAGGUUUCUUUGCUGUUUGUAUUGGUUCCCCAGUGGAUGUGGUUAAGUCAAGAAUGAUGGGGGAUGCUGCUUACAAGAGCACAUUCGAUUGUUUCGUUAAGACUUUGAAGAAUGAUGGGCCUCUUGCUUUCUAUAAGGGUUUUAUCCCAAAUUUUGGACGACUGGGGUCCUGGAAUGUGAUAAUGUUUCUAACCUUAGAACAGGCUAAGAAAUUCGUCAGAGAUUUAGAAUCAUCUUGAGCUUACAGUGCAUGGACAUGAAGAUGAUGAAAGUAAUGCUGAGAAUAAUAAGUUUCCUCAUCCAUCAGUUGGUCAUUUCUUUCACUAAUUUAUACAGGAACCCUGCAGGGGAAAUUUUAUGAACUCAAAAGGCUUAAAAAAAUAAUCACCAUUUCAAAUCUUCAAGAUUUAUCUUUUUCUGAGUGCUUUAAGUAUAAUACUGUACUUGUUUACUGGCCCUCAGGGGUCAUAGUUGCAUUCUUUUAGCAAGUUUUUAGUCUCUAAUGUUUUAGAAGCUGCCAUCACAUAGGAUCUCUUUGAUCAAGCAAAUAUAAUAGAAGGAUCUUUCUUCUUUAUUUAUCCAA